AUGUCGGACGGAGAGCCUUCUUACAUCGACUACGAGACUUUCCUCGACCCCGAUUUCUCGCCAGCCAGUUUCGCGAACACCCUCGUGCUCAGCACCAACAAUGCGACAGAUACUCCCCUAGACCUCUCCACGCCAUUAUCAAGAGUGCUCUUCGACCUUCAAGAAAUCGAUACGCACAUUCACACCUUGACGUCGAAGUCCGCUCUACCUCUCUUAUCUCACACCCAAGACCAGACUGCCGCAGCCGAACACAUUCUCAACGAGGCGGGAUCUCAAAUCGCAUCCGUGACCCAGGGGUAUGAAAGACUAGAAAAGGAAGUCUUGCAGAAGUGGCAGGCUGCAGAUGAAGCUAGGAUCGCUGCGGAAAACUCGCUUGCAACCGUUCGGCUAGCGCGAGCUGUGGCACGAUGCCUCACUCUCGGACGACAGCUGGAGAGUGCUGAUGUAGUAAGCGUGCCCGGCAAGGAGGGCUUUCGUGCGCUGGAACGUGCCGCCCAGACCAUCUUGAAUCUCAAGCAGAUGUUUUCGGCAUCCUCCGUAGACGACGAAGGCUAUGGGCUGGACAGAGUGAAAGUGACCCGGACGCUUCGCAAUGAAUUCUUGAUCCCAGCAGAAAAUCUCGUGAAGUCAAGGGCGCAGCAGACGAUCAAUCGCUUUUCAUUAUCGAACCCUGGGACCUCAAAUGGACAAUCAUUGCCCUCAAGCUAUAAGCAAGCUCGGGAGGCACGAUCGCGACUAGCCACUGCAUCCGCCACGCUCUAUCUUCUUUCUCCCCUGCCACAGAAUGCUUCGGCGGCUACCUUCAAGCCCGAGCUACUUCUGUCAACUUUGCGAGGGUACAUGCAGACCGCGAUUGUCACCUCUGCGAAUGCACUUGCCAAAGCAUUAUCCCAACUUCCUACAAUGGACCGUACCCUUGCCGAUGUUUCUGCAAGAUGCCAGGACAUUGUGACAUUAGAGUCCAUUCUCAGAAACCUUCGCCCGCCCUCACACCCGUUGCUAGUGCCAGCCACCGACGCCGAUCGAUCUACCGCCAUCUCCGACGCUGCCACGAGCGCCAGUAGAUCCAACCUCCUCCAGCCUCUCCUCGAGACCCUGGAUACAUCAUCUCUUCCAUCUUACUAUUGGCGAUCUCUCGCUUCUUCCCUCAACCCUCGCGUGAACGAGAUCGUCAACCGUGGAGGCGUAUCCGCGCGCACACUCCGCUCAAACAGAGAUCGUCUGAAGACCGAGCUCCGAGAGUGCGUGCUACGAGCCUCCCGGGUAUCCGUUACCAACGUGCUCGGCGACCGAAGCCGGACAGGAACGGGACCGGAGACAGUAGAAGUCGGAAACUGGCAGCAAGAAGCUACCGUGAUAGUGAACUCAGUUGUCGGGCCCUUGAGCCGCUGA